AUGCACAAUCAGCUCACGCUUUACUUCAAACGCUUCGACGCGCAGCAGGUAAAUGACGAGCUGUUGUACAGUCUCGCGGCGGUCGCCACUGUGGGUAGCGAACAAUUGGAUGGACUUCACCUUGUGCUGUCAGAACUGGCUUCCAGACUACGCUGGUUCUUAGUGGUCUUAUUACUUGGGGUAUGGGUCGUCACGCUCGUGCUAUCGCGUCGCUAUCAUCUACACUCACCACUUCGUCGUGUGACCACGUAUCUAGGCAGCUACGUGGACAAGCUACGUGACUGGAAUCGUAAGCAGACCCAUGUCAGAGCUACUUGGCAUCAUCAUCAUUACCAUACUAACCGACCAAUAAUUCGUUCGACAAGCUGGACUGACGAUAACCUGGAGAUUGAUGAAAACGACUUGCUCAUUCUUUCGUCGCUAUCGCCUGAGCCGCGCGUCGUCUCCUUCAGCGUAGAAAAACAAGGCAGUGAUGCUGACAUUGGCAGUGACAUUAAGCGUGGUCAGAUUCGCCAGAUGGCUAAAGACAAGGGUGAUGACACGAUCGUCCGUCUUGACAGUAAAAGUGACCUUGCGGGCAAGAUUGUAUUGUAUCCACGAGAAGGUGCUUUAGGCGGACGACAUCAGAGCAACCAGAUCAUUUCCGACGAUCCAUACGUGAGUCGUUUUCACUUUCAAAUCCAGUACGAUCCUAUGGAGAAAGAGUACUAUCUCCAGGACCUCGGGAGCACGACUGGAACAUUCGUGUUUCUCAAACCAGACGCACCUAAGCGUCUGCAUGUGAACGACCGCGUGAAGCUAGGCGACACGGAGUUUGAAGUGUCGGCGAUUGACGAGAAAAUCACGACGGGGAUGCCGUUCUUGCGUAUCCGCUUUACUGAUGGCCCGCUCGUUGGUAUUUGCCAGACCAUUGGCAAGACGUCUGUGACUCUGGGUCGGUAUUCAAGCAAUGCACUGUGUAUCACCGAGGACGACUCGAUCUCUGGUAGACAUAGUCUGAUCUCGUACGUUGGCAAUGGAUUUUACAUUACGGACCUCCGCAGUACAAAUGGCACGGCUAUUCGCCUCAGUAGAAGCGGCAAGAAGAGCCGACGACGUUAUCUUCUACAUGGUGACGUGUUUGGGGUUGGCUCGAAUCGAUUCAUGAUCGAGUACUCGCACCAAUUAGCAGCCCAACGUCGACAUGUGACACUUAUACGAAAAGAUCAGAAGGAGAAUGACAACAUCGUGGUUGACACAUAG